AUGGCUGGAAUGCAGAGAUGUGACAAGACCGUUUUUCUUCUGAUGUGUUUACUGGGACUGUUUGUGGAGUUGGUGAACGGGAGCUUGUUGAAGCAGCAUUCACAUUCAAGCUUUAUCCAUCGAAGGCUGAACAGCAGGGAGAGGCGAGAGAUGCAAAAAGAGAUCUUGUCUAUUCUGGGCCUACCUCGCCGCCCCAAACCUCUGCUCUCCAUCAAACGCUCAUCUUCUGCCCCAGUUUUCAUGUUGGAUCUUUAUCGUACUUUGGCCAACGAAGAGUCAGACCGGUGGCAGGGGGCUCCAUUGCCUUUUCAUGUGUUCCAGAGCACUCAGAGACCCCUGGAAGAGACCUUCCUCAGUCAAGCAGAUACUGUUAUGAGCUUUGUUAAUGUAGUGGAGCACAAUGAAGAUGCUUUUCACAAUGAGGCACAGUGGAAAGAAUUUAAGUUUGAUUUAACUCAGAUUCCUCAAGGUGAAAUGGUAACUGCAGCAGAGUUUAGGAUCUACAAAGGAGCAAAUGAGAGUUUUCAUGGAAACAUGACUCUUCACAUCACAAUUUACCAAGUGCUGCAGGAGUUCAAGGACAGAGAACCAGAGCUCCUCCUAUUGGACAAUCAAGAAGUGUGGCCUGCAGAAGAAGGGUGGCUGGAGUUUGAUAUCACGGCAACGAGUAAUCAUUGGCUGAUGAACCCUCAUUAUAAUCUUGGCCUGCGACUGUGUGUGAAGACUGAUGAAGCUUCAGGGCACAGCCUGGACCCCGAUUCCAUUGGACUGGUGGGACGAAAAGGGGCCCGCUCUAAGCAGCCAUUCAUGGUGACUUUCUUCAGAGCAAGUCAAGCACCUAUUCGUACAAUACGGUCUGCGAAACCACGCAGAGGUCGUAGGAAAUAUAGCCAGUCAAAUGAAUCCUGUGAAAAGCUGCCCAGUAUGUCAGCCCAUAAUUCUGGAGAUCAGAAGCGAGUAUGCAAGAGGCACGAAAUGUAUGUUAGCUUCCGAGAUCUUGGCUGGCAGGACUGGAUAAUCGCACCAGAAGGAUAUGCAGCAUUUUACUGUGAGGGGGAAUGUUCAUUUCCACUUAACUCCCACAUGAAUGCAACCAACCAUGCGAUUGUUCAGACACUGGUUCAUCUGUUGAAGCCAGACACUGUGCCAAAACCAUGCUGUGCACCAACCAAACUCAGUGCUACAACAGUACUCUACUUUGAUGAGAAAUACAAUGUGAUAUUAAAAAAGUACCGGAAUAUGGUGGCAAAGUCAUGUGGCUGUCAGUGA